GGCAAAAUGUAAUGCCAUUAGCAAUUCAAACGCGCUUGAUUUCGAAGAGAGGGAAAACGAAGAAGAAGAUGAACCAUAGCCAACAAGCUACAGGGAGCAGGCACGACGAUGACGCAGCGCUCUCCGAGUUUCUAGCAUCUCUAAUGGAGUAUACUCCCACUAUUCCCGACGAGUUGGUGGAGCAUUACUUAGGGAAGAGUGGAUUUCAGUGUCCCGACGUUCGAUUGAUCAGGCUUGUUGCUGUUGCGACGCAGAAGUUCGUUGCGGAUGUUGCAAGUGAUGCCCUCCAGCAUUGUAAGGCAAGACAGGCAGCAGUAGUGAAAGAUAAAAGAGAUAAACAACAAAAGGAUAAGCGCUUAAUAUUGACCAUGGAGGAUCUCUCAAAGGCACUUCGUGAGUAUGGCGUGAAUGUGAAACAUCAGGAAUAUUUUGCUGAUAGCCCUUCAACGGGAGUGGAUUCUACUUCCAGAGAGGAAUGAGUUGGAAUAAUGGUUAUAAUAUCUCAUUGUUGUCUGUGUUCGUGAAUAUACUGAAUUACUGAUGCAUAUAGUUCAGGGUUGGAGUAUUUCUUGCAGACUAAUUUUCUCUGCCGUGCACAGUCAUGAGUCAUGUUGUACAUUAUAGCAUUGCUUUGAAUAACAAAUUAAGUAGCCGUGUUUUCCUAGUCGGAUUCGGUUACUACUUCUAUAGCGAGGCCUUAGCCUUUUGGAACUAUCAUAGCGGCAGAUAUAUUCAACAUUUUCUACUUGUCUAUUGAA